UCCCGAAGAAUUGAGUCAGAACACCCCCAAGGUAAGUUAUGGUUCGUCUUAGAAUACUAAAGUGAUUCACGUUUAUAAGAACAGAGACCACAUAUACCGAAAAAACUUUGUGCUUCCCUAGUCUGAAUGCAAAAUGUCUGCCUAAGGUGACGAAAGACAUUGUUUUGCUCAAUAACUUCCUCAUUCAUUGUGAAACACAGUUGAAAACUUAUACCUGUUCACACCCAUUCUUCAUUGGUUUCAAACUGCGUGAUUUCAGACUUGUGGAAUCUUUGGAAAAGGAUCAUUGAAACUUCAAGAAGAUUCACGAUAUUUGCUAAACAUGAGAAACUUGGUCAUUUUGUUGAUUUUUGUGAGCUGUGCAUUGUCUGUGGCGGCUGCUUGCAAAGAUAAAAACAAGCGUUGUAAAUCCUGGGCAUGGAGCGGUGAAUGCAAAAAAAAUCCAAAGUACAUGGUGAUCAAUUGCCCCAAAAGUUGCACAAUCUGUCCAGCUUGCGAGGAUAAGAACGAACAUUGUAAAUCCUGGGCAUUGAACGGUGAAUGUGUAAAAAAUCCAAAGUACAUGGUGAUCAAUUGCCCCAAAAGUUGCACAAUCUGUCCAGCUUGCAAGGAUGAAAACGAACGUUGUAAAUCCUGGGCAUUGAACGGUGAAUGCGAAAAAAAUCCAAAGUACAUGCUGUUCAAUUGCUCCAAAAGUUGCGGAGUCUGUCCCGCUUGCGAGGAUAAGAACCAACACUGUAAAUCCUGGGCAUUGAACGGUGAAUGCGAAAAAAAUCCAAAGUACAUGCUGUUCAAUUGCUCCAAAAGUUGCGGAGUCUGUCCAGGUAUGCAUGCGUACAAGUAA